AUGAACGCUGGCGUGAGCAUUGGUGCUGCUUCAAAGCCGAGGGGCAAAUCGCGGCUUGAACUGCGGGACUUGACCGUAAAGUCUCAGAAGAAGCUGGAACCAUGGCAGGUCCAAAAGGACACCCUCGCGAAAAAAUUUGGCGACGAAGGAUGGAACCCACGAAAGAAACUCUCGCCUGACGCGAUGGAUGGUAUCCGCGCCCUCCACGAAGAAGACCCUGAGCGAUGGUCCACCCCUGUUCUUGCAGACCAUUUCAAGGUUUCUCCCGAGGCGAUUAGGAGAAUAUUAAAGAGCAAAUGGCGGCCGAAGGACGAGGAGGAAAUGCAGAAAAGGAGGGAGCGGUGGGCGAAGCGACACGAUCGCAUCUGGGAUCAUCAGGCCGAACUUGGGCUGAGGCCACAGAGGACGAAGGAUAGGGAGGUCGAGGAUCCAGAUGCCUUCGAUGAGGAGUUGAGAGCAAAGGAGAUGCUGGACAAUGCACGGAAGGCAUGA